GUGGAGGGCGGAACAGGGUCAGUGGGCGACGCCCAGGUCACCGGGUCCUUACCACAAGUCACUCCCCGGCGCACAGUGGAGGGCGACCUCGACCCCGGGAGUCACUGCAGAGGAACCAACCGUAUAAGAUCGACUCGCCGCCGGCUGACGGCACCAGUCGCCCUCGGCACACAGCACCAGUCGCCCCCCAGCGCCCCAACACAACCCAAAAUGAAGUGCCUGUUGAUCGCCAGCCUCGUCGCCGUGGCUGUGGCCGCUCCCCAGUACGGACACAACGACUACCAUCGCCCGUACUCGUACGACUACGCCGUGCACACGCCGUACGGCGGUCAGUUCUCCCAGUCGGAGCACAGCGACGGCCGCAGCGUGCAGGGCCGCUACGGCGUGCAGACCAAGGGAGGCAGCACGCACGUCACCUACUACGGCGACCACAGCCACGGCCACGGCCACGGCUACAAGCCGGCGCCCGCCUACCACAAGCCGGCGCCCGCCUACCACAAGCCGGCGCCCGUCUACCACAAGCCGGCGCCCGUCUACCACAAGCCGGCUCCCGUCUACCACAAGCCGGCUCCCGUCUACCACAAGCCGGCUCCUAUCUACCACGCUCCCGUCUACAAGCCGGCUCCCGCCUACCACUAAAUGACUGCAAAGUCCGACAUUAUAAUGCAAGUUUCCGGAAAUGCUUUUCAACAUGAUACGGCCGAAUCAAGACGAUUUCUUUACUUUAAAUGUGUUAUAGUUCGGAUGUUUUUUUCUACACAUAUCUAAUUCCUUCACUCAUUCCUUCUAAAUAAGAAGUAGGUCGUGGUGUUAUUCACCUCAACAGGCAAUGUGCUAGGAAUGUGAUAAUUGCUAGAACCUUCAUGCUCUGUGAGUGUGAAUCGCGUGCAUGUAUUUAUUUCAAAUAUACUCUCAGAUGACAG